AUUUAGUUUUAGGGGGAAAAAAAGCUUGUGAGAGCAUUGAGUGGCGUUUCUCGCUGGUAACUCUGUGCACGUUCAGACCACUAGAGUCUCAGUCCCAACUAUACAGCCACUGUGCUGACGAUGGAGUUCCAUCUCCCUGUACUGGACCUACAGAACUAACCACAUAUCUCCACACUGACAAAGUAGUCUGGGUGAAGAAAGAAGCAAACCGUUAUUUACUGGAUCCCAGCGAGGAUUUUAAUUUUUAAAAUCACCACCAAAGCAGGGCAGCGUACUAUGAAGAAGAUGAGCAACAUCUAUGAGUCAGCCGCAAACACGCUGGGGCUGUUUUCCAGCCCCUGCCUGACGAAGGUGGAACUGCGAGUAUCGUGCAAAGGCAUAUCGGACCGAGAUGCACUCUCCAAACCGGAUCCCUGUGUCAUCCUUAAAAUGCAGUCACAUGGACAAUGGCUGGAGGUUGACAGGACUGAGGUUAUCCGGACAUGCAUCAACCCAAUCUUCUCCAAAGUUUACACGGUGGAUUUUUACUUUGAGGAGGUUCAGCGCCUGAGGUUUGAAGUGCACGAUAUUGGCAGCAAUCACUUACACAAUGGGGUGAAGGACAGUGAGAUUCUCGGUGGGAUGGAAUGCACCCUUGGCCAGAUUAUUUCCCAGAGAAAGCUUUCUAAGUCCCUGAUGAAGCACGGAAACACUGCUGGAAAAUCCUCGAUAACAGUCAUUGCAGAAGAACUAUCCGGAAACGAUGAUUAUGUGGAGUUGACAUUCAGUGCAAGAAAACUCGAUGAUAAGGACUUUUUCAGCAAAUCAGACCCGUUUCUUGAAAUUUUCAGGAUGAAUGAUGAUGGAACACAGCAACUUGUACACAGAACAGAGGUUAUCAUGAACAAUCUCAAUCCAAUGUGGAAAACGUUUAAAGUCUCUGUAAACUCCCUCUGCAGUGGAGAUCAUGAUCGGAAAUUAAAAUUGAUAGUCUGGGAUUGGGACUCCAAUGGCAAACACGACUUUAUUGGAGAAUUUACAUCGACCUUUGUAGAAAUGCGUGGGGCAAUGGAUGGCAGACAGGUUCAAUGGGAAUGCAUCAACCACAAAUACAAAGUCAAGAAGAAAAACUAUAAGAACUCUGGCAUCGUCAUUCUCAACCACUGUAAAAUCCACAAGAUGCACUCGUUCCUGGAUUACAUCAUGGGCGGGUGUCAGAUUCAGUUUACAGUCGCUAUAGAUUUCACAGCCUCGAAUGGGGAUCCAAGGAACAGCUGCUCCCUCCACUACAUCCACCCAUACCAGCCUAACGAAUACCUGAAAGCUCUGGUGGCUGUGGGUGAGAUCUGCCAAGACUAUGACAGUGACAAGAUGUUCCCAGCCUUUGGAUUUGGAGCAAGAAUACCACCAGAUUCUAAAGUGUCUCAUGACUUUGCAAUCAACUUUAAUGAAGACAACCCAGAAUGUGCAGGUAUACAAGGAGUUGUAGAAGCUUAUCAGAAGUGCCUUCCGAAAAUCCAACUUUACGGACCAACAAACAUUGCCCCAAUUAUCCAGAAAGUGGCCAGCUCAGCGUCUGAGGAAAUGCACACCAAGGAAGCGACACAAUACUUCAUCCUCCUGAUCCUGACGGAUGGAGUCAUCACGGAUAUGGCUGACACCAGGGAUGCCAUUGUCCAUGCCUCCCACCUUCCCAUGUCAGUGAUCAUCGUGGGAGUGGGCAACGCCGAUUUCAGUGACAUGCAGAUGCUGGAUGGAGAUGACGGGAUUCUCCGCUCCCCGAAAGGAGAGCCUGUUCUGCGAGACAUUGUCCAGUUUGUACCGUUCAGGAACUUCAAGCAUGCAUCCCCUGCUGCUCUCGCAAAGAGUGUCCUCGCUGAGGUCCCGAACCAAGUGGUGGACUAUUACAACGGAAAAGGAAUUCCGCCAAAAUGUCUGUCGGAUUAUGAGUCUUCCCGAACACUUGCACCGUAAUACUUUAGUGACUUCUCACCUAGUACAAACCAUGAUGCAUAGCACGUCUAAGUGACUUUUAAAAUGAAUGAGAGAAAAUAUUUUGCAUGUGUAAACACAUGGCCUGCAUUCUCCUAAAGCUGUUGUACUGUUGACAAAUUUUUACAAGAUGGACUACUUUGCAUAACAGCAUGUCGCCUUGAAAUGUAUCAGUGUCUUUUUUUUAUACAGGUUUAUUGGGAUUUUACUAAAUUUCUUAAUAUUCUUACACUGUAAAGCAUUUUGGAACAUUUAUUGAAAGUUGAUAGUGAGCAGCAAUGGCUCCAUCUGCUACUAAUGAUGGAUUUUUCAGGUGCAUGGACUGUAUUUUGCAUGUCUAUAAUAAAAUGACACUGUUUUACAAUUUUCUUGUCCCUUUCUCUGUGGUGAAUAAUAGAGCUUGGAAGGCUAACUCCAUGUCCUGGAGCAAUCCUGGUCAAAGAUGAUGGAAAAUAACAUGGAGAAAUGUGAGGGCAUGCAGUUUGGUAGGAAGAGCGGAGGAGCUGAAUAUUAUUUAAUGCAGAAAGACUGCAGAAAGCUGCAACACAAUGAGAUCUGGACACCCUCUUCCAUUGAUCACAAAAUGCUAACAUUAAGUUUAGCAAGUAACAGGGAAUGCAAAUGGAGUAUUGG